AUGGAAUUAGACAAGAUAUUGGUUAGAGAUAUUGGUAGACUAUAUGAAGAUUCAGACGAUUGCAAUGUUCAAAUUCAAGUUGGACAUGGGUCAAAUGUUCGUAUUUUUAAGGCUCACUCGGUUAUCCUAAGAGCAAGGUCUUCAUAUUUUCGUGCUGCUCUGUCAUCUAAUUGGGCUAGAAAAGAUGGUGAUUAUAUGAUUCUUCAUCAACCAAAUAUAUCUCCAGUAGUUUUCGAAAUUAUUCUCAAAUAUAUUUAUACUGGUACGAUUGUUAUGGAUGAUAUGAAUAUUAGAGUGAAUUAUACAUGCCUUCUUGCUGCCGCUGAUGAAUUGGCCAUCAUAGAAUUAAUUGAUCAUAUUCAAGAUCAUAUAAUUAAGAAUGAUGCUGCAUUAUUAAGAAGGAAGCUCGUUGAAUUUCUUACAAUGACGGCAAAACAUGAAGCAUGCAAUAAACUUCAUAAAUAUUGUGAAGGAAUUAUCUGUGACGAUCCUGUCAGAUUCUUCUCUUUGGAAGAAUUUGGUUUCUUGGAUAAAUCUAAUUUAAUCGAUAUAUUAAAAAAAGAAUUGUUCAAUAUCAAAGAAAUUGAAAUUUGGAAUAAUGUAGUUAAAUGGGGAAUGGCUCAACAUCAGAAAUUUCCAUCAGAUAACUCAAAAUGGCAACCUUUAGAUUUUAUAAUGUUAAGAGAUACAUUACAAGAUUGUAUUCCACAUAUCAGAUUUUUUAAUAUUUCAGGACCGGAUUAUUAUAAUAAAGUUCGACCUUUUAAAAAAAUACUACCAAAGGAAUUAAGGGAGGAUUUAGAGCAAUUUUAUAUUGCUCAUCAAAUUUCUUCAAGAUCAAUCGUUUUACCACCACGUGGAAAAGGGGGAAUUGAUACAACGAUAAUCACUCCAACUUAUGCAGCAGUUCUCGCGUCUUGGAUUGAUAAGAAAAAUGAACCAUAUCAAUUUCAUGAUAUUCCCUAUAAAUUUAAUUUACUUAUUCGUGGAAGUCGUGAUGGAUUAAAUGAUUAUCGUGAAUUUCUAAAGCGUUGUAGUAAUAAAGGUCCAACUUUAGUUAUAAUUAAAGUCAAAGGAUCUAAACGUUUGUUAGGUGGAUAUAAUCCUGUUAGAUGGUGUGCAAGUGAUGGCUAUUUAUCUUCUAAUGAUAGUUUUAUAUUCUCUUUUGAUGAUAAUGAACAUAUGACGAAACCUAUUCUUUCUCGUGUUAAAAUUCCUGAUCGAGCUAUCUUUAAUAUAGAAGAUGAAUAUUUGGGCUUUGGUAGCGAUUUAGAAUGGUUUGCAGGAAUUUGUGAACAAAAUGAUUAUCAACAAAAAAUUUAUAAUGGAAUUGAAUUUAUCAUGGAUGAUUAUGAAGUUUUUCAAGUCGUUAAAUAUUAA